GCGCUAUCUAGCACGACCCGACCAACACUCUUCAUACAUUUACGAUGCUGACCAAGCUGGUGGUGGCUCUGGCCGCUGUGGCUGCGACUGUGGCCCAGGCCGAGACAAUCUUUCGCGAGACGUUCGACGACGCCGACUGGGAGAGUCGCUGGGUGGCGUCGACGUGGAAGCCCGCGGCCGAGGUCGGCAAGUUCGAGCAGGUGGUGGGUAAGCACUACGUGGCAGAGGACGACAAGGCCAUCAAGACGAGCGAGGACGCUCGUUUCUACGCGCUGACGGCCAAGUUCGACAAGCCUCUGGACAACAAGGGCAAGGACCUGUACCUCUCGUACCUGGUGCAGCACGAGCAGAAGCUGGACUGCGGCGGUGCCUACAUUAAGCUGCUCCCUGCCGACGUGGACCAGGCGAAUUUCGGCGGCGACUCGCCCUACGCCGUCAUGUUCGGCCCCGAUAUCUGCGGAAGCACCAAGAAGACGCACGCGAUCCUCAACUACGCGCGUCCGGGCGAGGAGGCCGUCAACAUGGACCACAAGGACACGAUCCGCGCGGAAUCAGACACGGACGCGCACUUGUACUCGUUUGUCCUGAAGCCGGACGACACAUACGAAGUCAAGAUUGACGGUAAGAGCAUCAAGAAAGGCUCGUUGGCCAAGAGCUGGCCGUUCCAGCCCGAGAAGCAGAUUAAGGACCCCAAGCAGUCCAAGCCCAAGGACUGGGUGGACGAGAAGCAGAUCGCGGACCCGGCAGACAAGAAACCCGAGGGUUGGGACGAUAUCCCCAAGACCAUCCCCGACCCGGACGCUGAGAAGCCCGAGGACUGGGACGACGAGGACGACGGAGAGUGGGAGCCGGCCAUGAUCGAGAACCCGGAGUACAAGGGCGAGUGGAAGCCCAAGAUGAUCGACAACCCAGACUACAAGGGCGAGUGGGAGCACCCGCUGAUCGACAACCCGGACUACUUUGAGGACGAGGCUAUGCACAACGUCGCUAAGAAUGUUGGUGCGAUUGGGUUCGAGCUGUGGCAGGUCAAGAGCGGCACUCUGUUCGACGAUAUCUUGGUCACGGACAGCGAAGACGACUUCAACGCCCACGAGGAGGCUGUUCUGGCCAAGACGGAGGCGAUGGCUGCUAAGAAGAAGCAGAUCCAGGACGAGGAGAAGGCCAAGAAGGAGGCUGAAGCCAAGGCCAAGGAGGCCGAGAAGGAAGACGCCGACGAGGCUGACGAGGAUGAGGCUGAGGACGAGACCGCUCAAGAGGCGGAGGAGACGAAGGAGGAGGAGAAGACGGAGAAGGACGAGCUGUAGACGUCGAAACAAAAAAUAGUCCUUCCUCUUCCUUUUUUUUAAAGAACUUUUUGUUUCGCCAGUGCGCAGCCACAAAUACACGUAAAGUUUGUCAAAAGAGAAAGAAAAAAA